UUCUGUGCAAAAGCAACUGGCCUUUAUGCUAGGUCGUCAACAAAUCUUCCUGGAACUACAUGAAGCUACGAUAGAAGACGAUGACCUCUUUGAGAUAAUGUCUAACUCCCACUUGAACAAUCACUUCCUGAACUUGGCACGUGAAUUGGAUAUAAUGGAGCCAAAGACACCUGAGGAUGUCUAUAAAUCUCACUUGGAGAACUCGCGACCACCAUUUGGUGGCGGUCAAGUUGAUUCAGCACGGCAGAAUCUCGCAGCAAGUUUCGUCAACGGUUUUGUAAACGCUGCGUUUGGCCAUGAUAAACUGCUGAUUGAGGACGGUAACAAAUGGCUAUACAAAAACAAGGAGCAUGGCAUGCUGAGUGCGACUGCAUCCCUAGGUCUGAUCUUACUAUGGGACGUCGAUGGUGGCCUGACGCCGAUCGAUAAAUAUUUAUAUUCGUCGGAAGACUAUAUCAAGUCUGGCGCUCUAUUGGCUUGCGGAAUUGUCAAUUGCGGUGUCAGAAACGAGUGUGAUCCUGCCUUGGCUCUGCUUUCCGACUAUGUGUUGCAUAGUAGCAACACUAUGCGCAUUGGCGCCAUUGUCGGUCUCGGUAUUGCGUACGCCGGUUCAAACAGAGAAGGCGUAUUAGGUUUGCUGACACCGGUUCUCAGUGAUACCAAGUCGAGCUGGGAAGUCUUGGGUAUGACUGGUUUAGCAUUAGGAAUGGUUGCUGCCGGUUCUUGUAACGCUUAUGUCACUACGGCGAUUAUGCACACGUUAAUGGAUAAGUCGGAAUCUGAUCUCAAAGAUACAUACGCGCGAUUUUUGGCACUUGGUUUGGGAUUGUGUUUCCUAGGUAAACAAGAAGCUGCAGAAGCGAUCAUAGCAGCUUUAGAGAUCGUUCAUGAGCCAUUCAGGUCGAUGUCGACAACACUAGUGGAGGUAUGUGCAUAUGCUGGUACAGGAAAUGUCCUCAAGAUCCAACACUUGUUGCAUAUCUGCUCAGAGCAUUAUGAAUCGAGCAACGAGAAGGAGGAAAAAAGUGAGCGUAAAGAUAAAGAUAAGAAAGAGGAGAAGAAGGAGGAGAAAGAGAAAGAUCUCAGUUCCAGACAGGCUAUUGCCGUUCUUGGCAUUGCCUUGAUCGCUAUGGGAGAGGAGAUUGGUGCCGAGAUGGCUUACAGAACCUUUGGCCACUUGCUGCGUUAUUGCGAACCCGUGAUUCGCCGCUCGGUACCACUCGCUCUGGGUCUUAUCUCUGUAUCGAAUCCAAAACUAAACAUCUUGGAUACGCUGUCAAAGUUCUCGCACGACAGUGAUCCCGAAGUAGCGCACAACGCAAUAUUCGCCAUGGGACUGGUCGGUGCCGGCACGAAUAAUGCGCGAUUAGCCGCCAUGCUGAGACAGCUGGCUCAAUUCCACGCGAAGGAUCCUAACAAUCUCUUCAUGGUGCGCAUCGCACAAGGCUUGACGCAUCUGGGUAAGGGCACGCUCACCCUGUCGCCUUAUCAUAGUGACAGACAGCUGCUCAGCCCUGUUGCUCUAGCCGGUCUUCUGUCGACACUGAUCGGUUUCCUGGACGUAAAAAACAGUGAGUAUAUAUUCUUGAUGUAUAUACAAUGAAUAGAUACAAAGAUAUGUUUUUCGAUAACUGCAUU